CCUGCGGAGACUGGAGCGGCUCGGAGCAGGCGUUUAAAGAUGGCGGCAGCGGUACGGAGUGGGGGAUGGUUUCCGUGAGGCGGCCGAGCUCGCCCUGUCCCCCCCGCCCCACGCCCGCCCCCACACCCACUCGCGGAGGUGCGGCAGGCACACCGGGGAUGGCUCAGGUUGAAAGAAGAAAGGGAGACCUGCUUGUCCAAUGAAGAUGCAGUCUUAGUCUUCAGCUACUUAAGCUGAAUGCAUUGUGAUUUCCAAUAAUUGAGACAGUGAUUCUGAAAGCUGUCUACAUUAAUGAAAAGAACAAUGUAGUCAGCUUAACUGAAUCAUCAGUGUUGCAUAUUGAAUAGAACAUGAUAAACCAAUCUUGAUGGACUUAUGCAUGUUAGGAAUAUAGAUAUAAACAUUUAUUAAAGCAUUGUUUUUUUAAAAACAGUAGUUUCAAAAAUGGAGAGAUAUGAAAAUGUACCACCCCUCCCUAAAGAACCUGCAAGAGAAAUGAAUGUGGAGAAUCAUACUUGUCCCCCACCUCUGCCGCCUAACGAACAGCCUCCACCACCUCCCCUGCAAACGUCCAGUGACGCAGAGGUAAUGGACGUUGGCUCUGGUGGUGAUGGACAGUCAGAUACCCCUGCUGGGGACACGCACAGUAUCUGCAGAACACAGCUUCUCACAAAGGGAUCUGCCUGCUACAAAAGUCGUCUUAUAAUAGACCCUAACAAUAGUGACCAAAGCCCAAGAACUGCUCGUCAUGCACCUUCAGUUCGAAAGUUCACCCCAGAUCUUAAGUUACUUAAAGAUGUAAAGAUUAGUGUUAGCUUUACAGAAAGCUGCAAAAGCAAAGAUAGGAAAGUUCUGUACACUGGAGUUGAGCAGGAUUAUAAGGCAGAUACAGAUUUUGGUAUUAAUAAUGUCAAUGGGGAUUUGCAUGUUUGUCCUUUCGGUGGUAGUAAUGGUAAAGCUGUAGGAAUAGGGGGUGAAAAUGAUGACAAGAAGGAUGAUGAAAAUGAUAUUGAUCAGGAAAAGAGAGUGGAAUAUGCAGUUCUGGAUGAGCUGGAAGAUUUUACCGACAAUUUGAUGGAAAUAGAUGAAGAAGGAGGAGGGUUCACAUCUAAAGCAAUCGUUCAAAGAGAUAAAGUGGAUGAAGAAACCUUGAAUUACUCAUAUGAGGAUGACUUUGAUAAUGAUGUGGAUGCUCUGCUGGAAGAGGGUCUUCGAGCACCAAAAACAAGGAGACUAGAAAAUGAGAAAUAUGGUGGUGAAAGUGAUCACCAGUCUGAUGGAGAAACAAGUGUGCAGCCAAUGAUGACCAAAAUAAAAACUGUACUUAAAAGUCGUGGCCGCCCUCCUACAGAACCUCUGCCAGAUGGAUGGAUCAUGACAUUCCAUAACUCGGGCAUUCCUGUAUAUCUGCACAGAGAAUCUAGAGUUGUUACCUGGUCUAGGCCGUACUUCUUGGGAACAGGAAGCAUAAGGAAACAUGAUCCUCCCCUUAGUAGCAUUCCCUGCUUGCAUUACAAAAAAAUGAAGGAAAAUGAGGAAAGGGAACAAAACAAUGACAUAACCCCAAAUGGGGAAGUAUCACCUGUAAAGCACCUAGAUAAAUCUUCAGAACUGGACUGCCAAACAGAAGAACCAGAUUCCACUGCUGCUGAUUCUGGGCCUUUAGAUGAUAAAGACCCCUCAGGGGGAGAUGCAGCACAAGGAGCCUUAGGACAAGUUAAGGCCAAAGUUGAAGUAUGUAAAGAUGAAUCCGUAGAUCUGGAAGAUUUUAGACGCUAUCUUGAAAAGCGUUUUGACUUUGAACAAGUUACCGUAAAAAAAUUCAGAACCUGGGCUGAGAGACGGCAAUUCAAUCGUGAAAUGAAGCGGAAGCAGGCAGAAUCCGAGCGGCCUAUUUUGCCUGCCAAUCAGAAGCUCAUUACCUUGUCUGUGCAAGAUGCACCUACAAAGAAAGAAUUUGUCAUUAAUCCCAAUGGGAAGUCUGAAGUUUGCAUACUGCAUGAAUAUAUGCAACGAGUCCUGAAGGUUCGCCCUGUUUACAAUUUCUUUGAAUGUGAGAACCCAAGUGAACCUUUUGGAGCCUCAGUGAUUAUUGAUGGAGUGACUUACGGGGCAGGAACUGCCAGCAGCAAAAAACUUGCCAAGAAUAAAGCUGCUCGAGCUACACUGGAAAUCCUUAUUCCUGACUUUGUUAAACAGACCUCUGAGGAGAAGCCCAAAGACAGUGAAGAACUUGAGUAUUUUAACCAUAUCAGUAUUGAGGACUCACGGGUAUAUGAACUCACCAGUAAAGCUGGACUCUUGUCUCCAUAUCAGAUUCUCCAUGAGUGCCUUAAAAGAAACCACGGAAUGGGUGAUACAUCCAUAAAGUUUGAAGUGAUUCCUGGUAAAAACCAGAAGAGCGAAUACGUCAUGACCUGCGGCAAGCACACGGUGCGCGGCUGGUGCAAAAAUAAGAGAGUGGGGAAACAAUUAGCUUCUCAGAAAAUCCUGCAGCUACUGCAUCCGCACGUGAAAAAUUGGGGCUCUCUCCUGCGAAUGUAUGGUAGAGAGAGCAGCAAGAUGGUUAAACAGGAAACCUCCGACAAGAGCGUGAUAGAGCUUCAGCAGUAUGCCAAAAAGAACAAGCCAAAUCUGCACAUCCUGAACAAGUUACAGGAAGAAAUGAAAAAACUGGCCCAAGAGCGAGAGGAAACACGAAAGAAGCCCAAGAUGACCAUAGUGGAAUCGGCUCAACCUGGUAGCGAGCCUCUGUGUACCGUCGAUGUGUAACGAGAGCGUGUCCGAGCGGGGAGCAAUAACACAAACGGAGGAACGAGAUUUUCAACAACUAUUUUAAAAUUGUUUGCUGCAGAAUGCAAGAUAACUUUUAAAAUCCAAGCUGCUUCAGUUAUGCAUUGUUCUUUUUGCAUCAUCAGGGCAAUAUUACUUUUUUCCUACUUUCUUUUUCGGUAUGUUUUUUUUUUUUUUUAAUACCUCCGAGAUACGUACGUUUAAAGGAUUGAUCAUAAAGAUCUGCCUGGGCAAAGGCACAGAGGGCGGGCAUGUUCACACAGGAUAAACCCAGUCAAGCACUUUUUCCUGGAAAGCCAUCCAUGUGCUUUGAAAUGGAUGUGUUUCAAGGAUGAAAUUCAGAAUAUCUAUGUACAGGUUGAAGCUGAUAUUAUAUAUAUAUACACACACUCAUAUAUAUGUAUAUGUAAAAGAAAUAUAUGUACGUCCUCUUGUAUGAACAUGCCUCAAACUAUUUUUGUGAAAAGUUUUGUUGCAUUUCAGCACAUAACAAUAUGCACUGAGAAGCCACUGUGGUGACACGUACACGGCAGUGAUGAGCAAUGUUCCUAACGCCAUAGGAUGAGGCCAGUAACGCUGCUCCUUCUGUUCUCUUUGGUUUUUGUCUCCUGCCAGGCCUGGUUACCCGAGAUCGCAGCAUGCGGGCCUUCGUAUUACUUGAAAAGAACAAGUAGAGCUGUAGUGUUAAGAGCAACAGGCCGGAUAUCCAGAAUUAUCGGGGUUUAUUUGAAUUGAAAGGAGCCAAUGUUAGUUUACAGAUCAGUUGAAAGGGGAAAAUACGGCCCUAUUUGUUUGAUUAAAAUGAAGACGGUAAUUUGACAGGCUGUUUUCAAAGCUCGGACCCAAAACGCAGCUGAUGGUGGUCGACAGUCUGAAAAUAUUUUGCCAAUGGGGUGUUUAAAGAUCUUCCACUCCCUUCUCCCAGCAAUAAAACAAUUCCUCGCUGGUUUGGAGUCAGAAUACAUCUGACUUGAUCAAUUGAGUCUUAAUUAACUUCCACCAUAAAAGCAAAGAAUUGGAAAAAAAAAAACCAACACAACCCUGAGAAAUCUGAAAUAACUGCAGCAGUUUUGGGUUUUGUAGGAAGUUUUUUGUUUCUACUUUUUUAAUUACAUUUUUAGUUUUUAAAGAAAAAGUGUAACUUCUGCGAUGAAAACUAGAAUGUAGAUUUCGAAUAUGAAAUAAUGAGUAGAAUGAGACCGUCACAGGUUAUACUGAUAAACGAGAAAAUCACCAAUAUGCAACUCUUCUAGAACACAAGCGUAGCAAACAGGCAGUACUCGCUGUGUCAUCUGAGGCUUUAUUAAAUUAAGCACAGAGGAAGCAGCGCUGGCUGUAGCGAGCGGAAGCACUGCUUCGUGGGUUUUAGUCCUCACCAGCCGAUGGCAGCGAGUGCUCUCGUGCAGCCGGUGCUUCUCUGGUUUGUUCCCAAAGAUGAGAGUGCAAGCCAAGGCAUGGCGGGGCUUGGGUGGGCAGCCGUGCCGCCCUGCACCGCGCCGCUGGGCGUUACAGCCCUGCUCCGGAGGAGGGAGGGCGUCGGCGCUGCGGCUCCCGGCGCGGGCCCGGCCAGCCCGCGGGGGCUUCGGGACAUUCGCUUCAUUUUCUUCCCCGGGCUCUUGGUUGGGUUAUUUUUCACAUCGCUCGGGGCGUGCUGCAGGAUGAUGAGUUUUGUGCCUACUGGAUUUUAACAACCUUGGCAUUGGUAUCGUAUGACCUCCUUUGAAUAGCACCUGUUAUCUUGGAAAUAUGCAGAUUUUAAUUGAUGGCUCAAACUAGCGGUCUCUUAACACGUUGCAUCUGAUGUUUGAGGUUAAACCGGAGCAGCCUCGGAGUCUCACCUGUGUCUGGGUUCAGGUGAUAUGCUCAGAGGUCUCUGCAAACAGGAAUUCGCCCAUUUUUUUAAAUAAUUAUAUUUAGCUUUUCAGUUCCAGAGUUGUAAUCCUGUUAUGAUGGGAUACGGGUAGUUGGAAGACUAUACAGAAACUAUUAUUUAAAGAAGUGGCCUAUCUAAAAAAGAAAAACAAGAAACGCUGCCUCUGCUUUUUUUUGUAUAGCUUUAAUAAAUCUCCAUCUUCUGAAGGGUAUCCAGUACUGGUGCGGCAGUGACGAGCAGUGGUAACUGUUUGUCUCUCUCCUUCAUUGGUUUUCUGUUCCAUUUUCCUAACGACAGGGCUUCUACCUUCUAUGCCUAAAUGUAUGACUCUCUUCGGUAGGUUUUACUUCAGCUUUGUGUUUUCAGAAAAAAUCUGUACUCGGAUGGCACCGUAAGAGACAAAUCACCCGUGUAGAUGGCUUUAUUUUUCUGGAAUCAGAAUGUCGAUGCAUUUGCAGGUCACCUGCAGAACAUCCACAGAUGCCUCGCUUACCAAUUUGUUCCCGUUAUUUUUGAGAGGAUUGCUGUAUUACCUCAGUCUGCCACGAUCAGAAUCCCAAGGUGACCAUUGCCCUUAACCGAAACACCCAGAGAUUUCAUUGUGAACCAAAGCCUAGAACGUAUAUUAUGCAUUCUAAACAAAAACAAACAAAAAGAUGGUAUUCGACCUUGCUGCAGCCUUUAACUGGAGAGAUGUCCAGGAAAUAGCGCAAUAACUGCUGGAACAAACAACUGAACUGCUGUUUCUGUCAUUGUGAAGUAUUCUUGUGUUUUAAUGUUUACUAUUGUUUGGAGUGUAACAGUCUUGCAUUUGCACAUAAGCACGAGCUGCUGUGAUAGAGGAUAGAUCAUUGCAUUAACCUCGGCUUCUGCAUGAACACUUACAGUGUGACUCGAGAUGUAUCCUGAACUUGUCGUGUAACUCGUGUGUGUUUUCUAGGUAAUCGGCUGUAAAGGUUUAGAUCUUGGUCGUACGAAUGCCUGAAACAACUGCUGCUUUUGUCACUGGUGUGUGUUAUUUACCCCUUCCGUAUCCAGAGGAGGAUGGGCAUUUUUACAGGGAUGGGGUGUAUUUUUAAGAGCUGUUCCAUCCUUUGGGAAUUAGACAGUUUGUGCUUUGCAUAUUACGUGCUUCUCGACAAAAGUGUGGUAUCUUGGCUUUCAGGAUUAAAUUAGUGUGCGUUCAAAUCUUCAUGGUACUGACGGAAAACUUACUGUGACUUCCAGUGAAUAGUCAGAUGCUACCUAUUACACACCAGUCAUCCAGCUUUUUCUUAUGUAUUUAUUAAACGGAACUGAUGAAGUGGUUGGGUACCCCGGGGUCUGGAAAGACUAUUAUGCAUAAACUUAACUGUCGUGCGUAAACUUCCACUUUCCUGCGAUGCUGUUAGGCUUGAUGCAGAAAUAUUUGUAACAUCCAAGUAUUUAAAAGCAUCGUGAGCAUCUUAUUAAUUCUGUAGGCUGUACUUUGGUUCUGGAGUAAAACUCAGGCAGCGAGAGGCCCCGCCCCUCCUGCGGAAGGGCUGCGAAGCGCGAGAAGCCACGCUGUCGUUCACCAAAUAAAGCGGUUGGUUACACUAUUCCGAUGCGGAGCUGAGUGAGGAAAGCAAAGAAGCGAAGCAGGGCUCACUCGUACUGCCCGCGGGGAGGUGGUGCUUGCGGGAUGGAUCGUGCUGGGUGCAGCUGCUUGAUGCCAGUGCUAAAUUGGUACAACUAUAAAGCCUCGUUCUCACUGAGCCUCUGCUUGCUUCUUUUCUGCACAAUCAUAUAAUCCUAUGUGUUUGGUCUUUGAGUACUACAUGUGUAUUUUUCAGACGAUUAGUUUUGAGCAAUAAAGUUUGAUAUUAUAAAAUG